UUUGGUGACGUUCAUUUGGCAACAGGGAACAGGGACGGAGGUAAUCUGGCCACUGUUGUCGGUUUUGUGCGCUUGCCGUUUAGUUUCGGUUUAGUUGUCGGUCGUUUUUCAUCGUUCCUUUUCAGACAGGAAGAGAGGGCACCGCGUCUGUUUGGAUGAGACGCGACGCUUUCGGAACGCGCUGCUACGGUCGUUGGAGCUUUUAAGCAUCGUUUAUAGCGAUUAAGAAAGAUUUCAGUGAAAACAUUUUUUUUCGAGUGUUUGUGACUUAGGAUUUGCCGAUGGUUUUUAAAGUGGUUGGUGUCCCUUAGUGAAUUAACAUUGGAUAUUAUGGUACUUUGGCAGUAUUAAAAAACGUGUAGAUAUUCUUCUACAAUGUUUAAAACGGGUCCGCCGCCGCAGGGUGGUCAGAUAAAAUUUACGAUUGCAGACACGUUGGAGCGGAUAAAAGAAGAAUUUAAUUUUUUACAAGCCCAAUACCACACGUUGAAACUAGAAUGUGAGAAAUUAGCGUCAGAAAAAACUGAAAUGCAACGGCACUAUGUUAUGUAUUAUGAGAUGUCCUAUGGCCUUAAUGUAGAGAUGCACAAACAGACUGAAAUAGCGAAACGAUUAAACGCGAUCAUAGCACAAGUGAUGCCGUUCCUAGCGCAAGAACAUCAGCAGCAAGUGGCUAGCGCUGUCGAAAGGGCAAAGCAGGUUACUAUGACAGAAUUGAAUGCCAUCAUUGGGGUAAGCCAACAGCAACAACAGGGUCUUCAGCAGUUGCUUCAGCAAAUCCACGCGCAACAGCUUCCACAUGCUGGUGGUCCAGGCGGUCUCCCUAUGGGUCCGCACCCCGUGCUGCCGGGAAUGGGACCCGCUGCCGCGGGUCUUCUCGGAUUCGGAGCAGGUCUUCCUCCUGGUGCUGCUCCCCAUCCGUCAGCGGUGGCCGGUUCGGCGCAUCCCUUACUUAAGCCAGCUGAUCUGCACCCACGUGGAGGAGCGGAGGAUCUCAAGAGACCAAACAGCACCAACACCUCCGAUGAAAGACUGGUAAGGAAUUCUCUUUCGCCGGGCGACCGGGAUAAGUAUCGCUCAAGAUCGUCCCCCGAUGUCGACCAGGCCGUUAAGCGACGAAAAGAGGAUAAAUUAGGUCACGAGAGUGACGGAGAAAAAAGUGAUCAGGACCUGGUUGUAGAUGUUGCUAAUGAGGAAGCGGCUUCACCACAUACCAAUGGAGACCAUGUGUCACUGGGGAACGUGGGAGAUAUUCGCGAAAAUGGAAGUUCGAGCGGCGACAAAAUAAAGACGGAACGUCCUCCGAGCCGAAGUGGAUCGUCAUCAUCGAGAAGCACCCCAUCGCUCAAAAGUAAAGAUGAAAAACCGUUGACACCUGGUUCGAAACCCCGAUCGACAACGCCUAACUUGGGGGCGGGGCCACCACCGGGCGGCUCGAAAGCGGUGCCCGGUGGCCCCCUCGGACCUUAUCCACCUUAUCCGGGUCUGGGUGCGCCACGGACACCCGAACACCAGAUGCCACCCUACGCCCAGGCAUCACCUUACGUCAGAGCACCGCCUCAAGGGCUGCCUCCAGUUGCUUAUGACGGGCAUCCCCAUUCGAGAGCGCCCCCUCUGACGUCGAACGGGUUGGGUACUGUGCCGGGAGGAAAGCCAGCAUACUCGUUUCAUAUGAACGGCGAAGGUCAGCUGCAGCCAGUUCCUUUUCCAUCUGACGCGCUGAUUGGUCCAGGCAUUCCUCGCCAUGCAAGGCAAAUUAACACUUUAAAUCAUGGGGAGGUGGUGUGUGCCGUUACGAUAUCAAAUCCCACUAAAUAUGUAUAUACAGGUGGUAAAGGAUGUGUGAAAGUAUGGGAUAUAGGUCAAUCUGGAAGCAAAAGUCCGGUCAGUCAGCUGGAUUGUUUGCAACGAGAUAACUAUAUCCGUUCAGUGAAACUCUUACCCGAUGGGCGGACGCUUAUUGUCGGUGGUGAGGCCUCCAACCUUUCCAUAUGGGACUUAGCCAGCCCGACGCCUCGGAUAAAAGCAGAAUUGACGUCAUCGGCGCCGGCAUGUUAUGCUUUAGCCAUUAGCCCUGACUCGAAAGUAUGUUUUAGUUGUUGUUCAGAUGGAAACAUUGCCGUUUGGGACCUACACAACCAAACAUUGGUGCGGCAGUUCCAGGGCCACACGGAUGGUGCCUCCUGUAUAGAUAUCAGCUCAGACGGUACUAAACUGUGGACGGGUGGCUUAGAUAACACAGUUCGGAGCUGGGACUUAAGGGAAGGAAAGCAGCUCCAGCAGCACGAUUUCAGUUCCCAAAUCUUUUCAUUAGGAUAUUGUCCGACAGGCGAAUGGUUGGCGGUCGGUAUGGAGAACUCGCAUGUUGAGGUACUUCAUGCGACAAAAGCUGACAAAUAUCAGCUUCACUUGCACGAGAGCUGUGUACUUAGUUUACGUUUCGCAACGUGUGGAAAAUGGUUUGUUUCCACCGGGAAGGAUAAUCUACUUAACGCUUGGAGAACGCCUUAUGGUGCAAGCAUUUUCCAGUCCAAAGAAUCCUCAAGUGUUCUCAGUUGUGAUAUCUCAACGGACGACAAGUACAUUGUAACGGGAUCGGGUGACAAAAAGGCGACAGUCUACGAAGUGAUAUACUGACAGUUUUAGUGAAAUUGUGCGAGGUAAAUAAAAUAAAAGAGACAACGCGCGCUCGUGUGUGUGUGUAUAUACAGGGACCAGACUGACAUAGAACGUGGCAACAUUCUCCCGUGUGCAGCUUAGCUUAUUGUGAAAAACUCGAUGACUUUUGUUAAGGAAGCACUCGAUCGUUGUUAUAUGUCAAUUUUCUUUUCUUUUACACAGAAUCUUUAAAGUUUUAUUCUGACCAUGAAAAUUAAUAAAUCUUUAUGUGACAAGA